AUGGAAAAUAUGCAUCUAAGGCGAGUUAGAACCAUGCCCCGACACAGCCAGUCCCUGACCAUGGCGCCCUAUUCCUCUGUGAGCCUCGUGGAGCAGCUGGAAGACAGGAUCCUCUGCCACGAGAAAACAACGGCGGCCCUCGUGGAGCAUGCCUUCCGAAUUAAAGAUGACAUCGUCAACAGUUUGCAGAAAAUGCAAAACAAAGGAGGAGGCGACCGCUUGGCCAGGCUUUUCUUGGAGGAGCACAUCAGAAACAUAACGGCCAUAGUGAAGCAGCUUAAUCGGGAUAUCGAGGUACUCCAGGAGCAGAUCCGGGCCCGGGACAACAUUAGCUAUGGAACUAAUUCUGCCUUAAAGACUCUGGAGAUGCGCCAGCUGUCCGGUCUGGGAGAUCUCCGAGGGAGAGUGGCAAGAUGUGACGCCAGCAUAGCCAGACUCUCUGCAGAGCACAAAACGACCUACGAGGGGCUUCAGCACUUGAACAAGGAACAGCAAGCUGCCAAACUUAUCUUGGAAACAAAAAUCAAAGACGCAGAGGGACAGAUUUCUCAGCUUUUGAACAGAGUGGACUUGUCAAUAUCAGAGCAAAGCACCAAACUGAAGAUGUCCCACCGAGACAGCAACCACCAGCUUCAGCUCUUGGAUACUAAAUUUAAAGGUACAAUUGAGGAACUCAGUAACCAGAUUUUGUCUGCACGGAAUUGGUUGCAACAGGAACAAGAACGGAUAGAAAAAGACCUUCUACAGAAAAUCGAUCAGCUUUCCUUGGUUGUUAAGGAAAACAGUGGAGCCAGUGAACGGGAUGUGGAGAGGAAGCUCAGCCAGAUGUCCGCCAGACUUGACAAAAUAGAAGAGAGUCAAAAGAAGCACAUGGACAUUCAGAGAACAAAACAAGAAGAGGAGAAGCUGCACGGGCGCAUCACCAAGCUGGAGUUACAGAUGAGCGCGGGCCUGAAGGGCAUGAAGGCGGACGUCGACGCGGGGUUUACAGCCAUUUAUGAAAGCAUAGGAUCCCUCAGGCAAGUUCUUGAAGCCAAGAUGAAACUGGACAAGGAUCAGCUACAGAAGCAAAUCCAACAGAUGCAGAAGCCGGAAGCUCCCAUGUGA